CAUUAUUGGUUCGACAGCAACUAUAUAUUAUUGGUCUGCGUGUUCAUAUAUAUAUAUAUAUAUAUAUAUAUCUUAGAGAUAGAGAAUCACUGAGUAGGGAGUAUCUAGUGAGAGAGAAUGAGUGGUGCGGGGAAGACGGUGUGCGUGACGGGAGCGUCUGGGUACAUAGCUUCAUGGCUCGUCAAGCUCUUACUCCAACGUGGUUACAUUGUCAGAGCCUCUGUUCGCGAUCUCAAUGAUCCAAAGAAGACAGACCAUUUACGUGCUCUUGAUGGAGCUAAGGAGAGGCUUCAAAUAUUCAAAGCAAACCUACUGGAAGAAGGUUCCUUUGACGCUAUGGUUGAUGGGUGUCAAGGGGUUUUCCAUACAGCAUCUCCUUUUUACCGUGGAGUCACAGAUCCAGAGGCAGAACUAAUUGAUCCUGCAUUAAAGGGAACGCUUAAUGUCCUCGGGUCCUGUGCAAGAGCCCAAUCUGUUAAAAGAGUUAUUUUGACGUCUUCUAUUGCUGCAGUUGCAUUCAAUAGGAGGCCUCGGACUCCUGAUGUGGUGGUUGAUGAGACUUGGUUUUCUGAUCCUGAGGUUUGUAAGGAAUCAAAGCUUUGGUAUGUGCUUUCAAAGACUUUGGCUGAAGAUGCUGCCUGGAAAUUUGUGAAAGAGAGGGGUAUUGACAUGGUUGCAAUAAAUCCGGCAAUGGUUAUUGGUCCUUUGUUACAGCCAACAUUAAACACAAGUGCAGCUGAUAUUUUAAACCUAAUAAAUGGAUCACAAACUUAUUUAAAUAAUGCUAUGGGAUGGGUUAACGUUAAGGAUGUUGCCAUUGCACAUAUUCAAGCAUUUGAGGUUCCUUCCGCCAAUGGAAGAUAUUGUUUGGUUGAGAGAGUUCUACACAAUUCAGAAAUCGUGAAGAUACUACGUGAGCUUUUUCCUGCUCUUCAACUUCCAGAAAAGUGUGCGGAUGAGAAUCCCUUUGUACCAACAUACCAGGUGUCCAAGGAGAGAGCCAAAACAGGCUUGGGCAUUGACUUCAUUCCUUUUGAGGAAAGCAUCAAGGAAACAGUUGAAAGCUUGAAGGAGAAGAGCUUUUUCAGUUCCUCAGCUAUGUGAAGGUCUUUCAGGGAUAAAUAGUGAUGGGGACCGAUAUUUUCCUCAGCUUAGUUUCGGUUAAUGUUAGCAUCUUUCGGGUGUCUAUGCUUAAAUUUUAGACUGUUAAAACCUGUUAAAGCACAUGCUUUACAUAUUAAGAAUGGAAAUGAGACUAUCAGGAGGAUCAUAGUGUUGCUUCCUGAAAUAAGCAAGCCAGGUUUGUUUGCGUGAUUUGGCAUUAUAUAUCCCAUCAUAUAUGGACAAUAUAUCCAUUACAAAAUGGCUUUUGCUCACUUGAAA